AUGGGAAGUUUCAACACCAGUUUUGGAGAGGGCUUCAUUUUGGUGGGCUUCUCAGAUUGGCCUAAACUGGAAUUCAUCCUUUUUAUCUAUAUUUCACUUUUCUACUCCCUAACUCUCAUUGGAAACACCACCAUCAUUGCACUCUCACAACUGGACCCUCGACUGCACACACCCAUGUACUUCUUCCUCUGCCACCUCUCCUUCCUGGACCUUUGCUAUACCACCAGCACUGUGCCCCAGCUGCUGAUCAAUCUUUCUGGACUCGACAGGACCAUCAGCUAUGGACGGUGUGUGGCUCAGCUCUUCUUUUACCUUGCUCUGGGCUCCACUGAGUGUGUGCUCCUGGUGGUGAUGGCCUUUGACCGCUAUGCUGCUGUGUGUCGUCCACUCCACUACACAACCAUCAUGCAUCCCCUUCUCUGCCAGUCCCUGGCUAUUGCUGCCUGGGUGGGAGGUUUCAUGAACUCUCUGAUUCAGACAAGCCUCAUGAUGGCCAUGCCUCUCUGUGGCCUCCAUUACCUGAACCACUUCUUCUGUGAGAUGCUUGUACUCCAGAAGUUGGCUUGUGAGGAUACAGGAGGCACAGAGGCCAAGAUGUUUGUGGCCCGAGUCAUAAUCAUUGUUGUUCCUGCAGCACUGAUUCUAGGCUCCUAUGCACACAUUGCUCAGGCAGUGCUGAGGAUCAAAUCAAUGGCAGGGCGCAGAAAGGCUUUUGGGACCUGUGGGUCCCACCUCCUUGUGGUUUGUCUGUUUUAUGGCUCAGCCAUGUACACAUACCUCCAAUCCAUGGGCAGUUACUCUGAGAGUGAGGGAAAGUUUGUUGCCCUUUUUUAUACUAUCAUCAUCCCCAUGCUCAAUCCUUUGAUCUAUACCCUAAGGAACAAGGAUGUGAAGGGAGCUCUGUGGAAGGUACUGGGGAGAGGCAGAGACUCUGGGUAA